AUGAAGGAUCGAGUGCUGCUUCACCUCCAGUCCCUCCGUGAUGAGCAAGGCCGAGACAUUACUGAGUUAAAAGGACUCAGUAGUCGAAUUAGCUAUCCCCAGCUGGGUCAACCCUGUUCCGGCAAAGCUUCGGGGAGGACCAGAGAGAUAGCCCAGGCUCUAGAGCAAGGCCAGCACCGGUUUCUGUGGUCCUUAUGCCGGCCACCAUCCAAGGGAAAGAUGGAGUACCCCAGUGACUAUGCGAACCUCGAGCACGCCCUGCCAGAAGGAUUCCUAGGUCAGACAGCUCCGAUUAGGAAGGUGAUAGGGGGCCCACAGGUGGCAGCAUUGGCGCACCCAGUUGUCGGAGUACUCGGGCUUGGAGUCGAGGUGAAGAAGGAUUACAGGAGAGAUGUUGCAGGUGAGCAGGAUGUGAUUGUGGUCUCGUUGGAGGAGUUAAAGAAAGCUAUUAAAGUUCUGAUGGAGACCAAGACUGGGGAGGAAUUGAGGAAGAAGGUGAAGGAGAUGAAGGAGAAGUGCAGGGUAGCUAUUAAGGUUCUUCCUAUUUUGCAUUGA